AUGAUGGCAUCGGAUCUUGACGACUGUUUCCGCGGUCGAGUAGGAUUACAAGCCGUUCUUGGUUUCUUCUGCGGACACGGAAAAGGCAAAGGAAACAAGCAGAGAGGCGGAAUUUGCUUGAUCGGUUGCGCAGGAAAAGCCCCCUUGGGUAGCGAACGUCUUGGCGAUGCGGUGCUCGUCGGCAGGCCUCUUCCUUGUUUCGUCUUGCGCCAGGGCUCCCGAUGA